AGGCAUCUGUGGCAUGUUCCACGGCCGUGGAGGUGCCAGCGAGGAAGCCAUACAAGCCUAUAUUAGGAGAGGACGCACCUUCCGAUCGGAGCCGGUAACACCGGUACAUGCCGAUCUGUAUUGGAGAAGUCUGGAGGCGUCUGGGGUCCAGACUGAAACAUCUGUUAGCAGCUUGAGACAGAGGCGUGGCUGCGUGACAGUCCGUGUUUAUGUUAAACCGCAGCGGUCUCUUCACGGCAACCUGCUUGAUCUAUCGUGGGCUCUGAACGUGUGUCGUAGUGUCACCCCUGCCUGGGUGCAAUGGUCCUCUGUUACACAUGAGCUCUACUAUGUGGUACAUCAUGCAGAGCAUUCAGAGUAAAUACUCCUUGUCCGAGCGGCUCAUCCGCACCAUCGCAGCCAUCCGUUCCUUUCCACACGACAACGUGGAGGAUCUGAUUCGUAAGGGCGCUGAUGUGAACCGGAUGCAUGGGACACUCAAACCACUGCACUGUGCCUGUAUGGUAGCUGAUGCUGACUGCGUGGAGCUGCUGUUGGAGAAGGGUGCAGAGGUGAAUGCUCUGGAUGGUUAUAACCGCACAGCGCUUCACUACGCCGCAGAGAAGGAUGAGAGCUGCGUGGAGCUGCUGUUGGAGUACGGAGCCCAGCCAGACGCGCUGGAUGGCAACAAAGACACGCCACUCCAUUGGGCCGCCUUCAAAGACAACCCGGAGUGCGUGAGGGCCCUGCUGGAGAGCAGCGCUUGCCCCAAUGCCCGGGACUACAACAAUGACACACCUUUGAGCUGGGCAGCAAUGAAGGGCAACCUGGAGAGUGUCAAAGUUCUAUUAGACUACGGAGCCCAGGUCCAUGUGACCAACCUGAAGGGUCAGACCCCUAUAUCGCGGCUGGUGGCCCUGCUGGCCCGAGGCUUGGGCACCGAACAGGAGGAAGAGUGCUUGGAGCUGCUAUGCCGAGCAGCGGGGCGCUUUGAGAUCCGACGGGCUGACGGCACUCUUCCAAAGGAGCUGAGCAAAGACCCCCAGCUGCUGGCGAGGCUGACAAACAUGGUGGCUCAGGCUCCGACGCUGCGCUCUCUGGCACGCUGUGCCGUAAGGCAGAGUCUGGGCAUGCAGUUCCUCCCUACUGCUGUCAAAGAGCUUCCUCUACCUGAAAUGGUUAAAGACUAUCUACUACUGAGAGACUGAUGACGGUGGCAUCGAAGGAUUCUCAGACCUCCCUGGCUGAUGAUUAGACAGCUCGUCACACUGCAUUUAUUGGCAAGUUGAUACAGAUGUAUGUCUUUGUUAUUGUCUUGUAGUUACACAACAUCUGGCUGAGGAGUGAUUCAAGUGCAUACUGCUAUGUUUAAUCAGCGUUAUGUGAAUGGACAAGGCAGGACUUGCACGUUUUCAACUUAAACAGCUGUUGGUCAAAACUAAAAGUUAAGUUUUGCUCGACUUCAUAUGGGGAAAAAACAGGAUUAAACAAGUUAUUUAAUAAUUUAGCUACUUUAGAUAUGUCCUCACAAAAACUAUUCAUUAGAAUAUUUUAGUAUGCUCAUUAUAACUCAGUUUUGCUCAGUUAGGUUUAUGGGUAAAAUUAUGUUGGACUCCGACAGAAAAUGGCUCGUUUAGAAAUAAUAAAAAAUGUACAGUGAUAUGCUUUUAUAUGGUGGGAAUAAUGAUGGCUGAUGUCCUAAUUAUGGAGGUUGUCCAGUAAUUUUUGUGAGAUGGUACAUGUACAGUACCUGGGAAAAGUAUUCAUAACCCUUGAACUUUUCCACAUUUUGCCACGUUGAGACCACAACCUUCAAUGUUUUUUUUUUUUUUUUUUUUAGACCCACAAAAGUAAUGAAUAUGUGUGGAGAGAAAGUAAUUGAUGCUUCUAAGUAUUGACCCUCUUGAAUCAAUACUAUGAAGAACUACCUUUCACUGCAGUUACAGCUGCAGGUCUUUGUCCAUUCUUCUUUACAAGUGCUGGUUUGUGCAGCAACAGUUUUGUUUUCAUUUUAGGGAUAUUAAUGGCAGUUUGAGGCUAGAUCAUCUUAGGUUUACCAGGACCUUUCAUCUUACCCAAAUCAGAUAAAAAUGAUGUGAGUGAUUUGUGCUGUUAAUGCUGGUUUGUGCCACUGUAAUUCUGAAAAUAUUAGGGUGUAAAAGGAAAAACAAGACUUUUGUUUGAGACCACCAGGGGGGGCUGUGACUUUAUACUUAAACAUCUUUUUAAAACUAUGGCAGCGCAGACAACAAAAAUGAAAAAAAUGACUUCACUUAUUUAACUUCCAUCAGGUGCACUUGUCCCUGCUGAAGAAGGCCAUCCCCAACAGCAUGAUGCUGCCACCACCGUGUUGCACUGUUUGGAUGGUAUAAUUAGGUGCAGGGUUAGUUUCCCACUACACAUAGUAAUUUUACUAAUUAGGUGACUCCCGAAGGCAGGUGGUUGCACUGAAAUUUGUUUAGUGGCACCAUAGUAACGUGGGCUUAAUAAAAAAAAAAAAAAAAAUAAAUGCAUAUCACAAUUUUCCGAUUGUAUCGCCCACUUCACAAUUAUCCAGUUCUUUACUUUGGUCUGUCACAGAAAGUCCCAAUGAAAUGCAUUGAAACAUGUGGUUUGUAAUGUGUCAGAACAUGGAAAAAUUCAAGGGCGAUAAAGUUUUUGCCAGGCACUGUGUUAAAAUAAUUUGUAUGAUAGCUUUGGGGCGUAAGAGAAUAGCAUUAAACACACAUAUACACGCCUAUUUUAAGCAGGAAAGAUUGUGCCAGAUGGGAACAAUUGUAUUUAUGUAGAAGCAGCAGAGUGGGGUGAUUAUUAGUAUUGGUUUCACUUAAAUGUGCCAGGUAGUCUUCUGAAUAUGUUCAAAGCUAACAAAAGUAGCAUCAUCACGCCUGCUGUGAUAUGUGAGUCACUGUUUGGGUUUCAUUUUUGUGGGUGUUUUUUUUUUUUUCGUUUUUAUUAACCAAUGGAGGUUUAAACUUGCAAAACUUUCUGUUGUUACGGGUGCUCACUGGUUCCAAAACUAAAGUCACUUUGUUUUAAAUUCAGUGUUUAAGUGUUAAAACCAAGGAGUGGCUUGGUAAGUAAGUUUUGUCUUUUGUAAAGCCACAAAAUGUGUGUUGGAGUUCUACAAUCUGACCGUUGCUUAUCCUGAUUUUGUUUGCCUGUUCUGUAAAUGCAUUUAAAUCAACCUUGAGAACAUGACUUGUAUAUGCCUGCAAAGGUGCUUCUUUUCUUUGUCAAUAUAAUGCAAGUAAAUGCCUUUAUUUGCUUG